UGUACUUAAGAAUCAUAUAAAUCAUUCAAGUCCCCCACUUUUCGGUCCACUCAGGACCUUCUCAUUUUCCACUUAUACGAACUCUGGCCUGGUGCCAUACUGUCUUUCUCCGGCUUCAUUCUUCCACUGAUAGUUCGCCAGUCGAUCUCAAAUUCUGUUCCGACUACUUUGCUAACUGUUCCAGUUGUCGCUAGUCGACGUUGCUCUUCCUGUUUUUCUCUCACUCUUUUGUACUGGCAAACUUGAAGUUCUUCACGCGUGAUGCAGUUGUCAAUCGUUUUCGCUGUGUUACUGGCAUGCAUUUUACACAGUACCCCAUCUGAUGCAAUCCCUGCGAGGGCGCAUCACCAGAGGCUGGCCCGGGCUAACCCAAGGACGAUUACAAUGCCGCUUAAACGGUUACACGUUCCACGAACCGAUGUCCACCCACAAUUGCUUCUCCAACAACACAUCAACCGUGGCAAUAAACGCCUUGCACGUAUGACUGGACGUUCAGAACCUGCUGAACAUGAACUCCGUGCAGAGAUGCACAAGAGGAUGUACCUUCUUGAAAGCGGUUCAGUCAAUCCCAGUAGUGCUACCACGGCGACCGGGAGCAACUUUAGCAGACGCUAUUGGCGUAAUUCCAAACAUGUUGCACAGGCAGCAAGCAAUACUUCUUCCACUAGCACUGAUGGUGGAGUUUCUGCUCUCGACAUUCAAGCUGCCGAAAAUGGUGGUCUCACUCCUGCUAAAAUUCCUACUGCUAACAACACUCUUGGUCUUGCUAUUGAUGCGGAUGAUGUCGGAUAUAUUGCAACUAUCCAGAUUGGUACUCCCCCCCAGAAUUUCAAUAUUCUCAUGGACUCUGGUUCCGCCGACUUCUGGGUCGGUAGUGAAACUUGCCAAUCUCAGCAGGGUACUUGUGGGAACCAUACUUUCCUUGGCUCUAAGUCGUCAAGCUCUUUCGUUCAGUCCAAUCAAAAUUUCAACGUGACUUACGGGUCUGGAUCCGUUGCUGGUGUUCUUUGCCAGGAUAACGUCAACAUGGCGGGUUUGCAACUCAACAAGCAUACCUUCGGCGUAGCAAACGAGGAGAGUGUACAAUUCUCUGCAGAUACCGUGCCUUUUGAUGGGCUAAUGGGUCUUGCCCAGUCAACACUUUCCAAUGAAAAGGUCCCCACUCCUGUCGAAUCUUUGGCGUCCAAUGGUCUCAUCUCCUCAGCUAUUUCAUCUUUCAAGAUCUCACGUCUCGCUGAUCAACUCAACGACGGUCAAGUUACAUUCGGCGGAUUGGACUCCACUAAAUUCGUCGCCAACACCCUUGUUACUAUCCCCAAUGUCAGCAAGAUAGGGUUCUGGGAGGGCGCUAUGGAUGCAAUCACGGUCAAUGGACAAGACACAGGCAUGACCGGGCGCACUGCCAUUCUUGACACUGGUACCACUCUCAUCAUCGCCCCUCCGGCAGACGCCCUGGCAGUUAUAGCCAUGCUUGGUGGUAAAUGUGAUACUCAGCAGUGUACGAUUUCGUGCACGUCGAAUACAAGCGUUGCGCUUUCCUUUGGAAAUGCCUCGUUUACUAUUGACCCCAGAGACAUGGCGGUACUGCCUGUCGACGUCAAUGACCCAACUGGUGACUGCACAGCAGGUAUUCAACCUGGCACUAUCGGGACGAACACGGAGUGGCUGGUCGGAGAUGUGUUUUUGAAGAAUGCGUAUUUCUCUGUGGACACGCAGAAUAACAAAAUUUCUUUGGCCAAGCUUUCUUAGUUUCUACUCCGUGAACCACCGAGUCACAGUGUAGUGUAUGUAUUGUUUGCUACCAGCAGGAUCGCGGGAUCGAUUCUUACCUAAAUUCGGGGAAAGACAUUGAAUUAUCUUCAAGUUGUACACUAGCCAUCAUUCAUUGCUAUCAUCACACAAUAAAUAUUAAUUGUUUGAAAUCUGAA